CCACCAAGCUCCACCCCAAAGCCAGUCAGCGCCGGGCGACAUCAAGCAAGAGAAAGACAAGGACAAUGCAGGCGAUACUCCUAGUGACUGUCUUCUCCUGUCUUCUUGCGGCUGCAAACGUAGCUGCGGCCGCAUUCGGAGCUGAUUGCACUGCUACGAGUGACUGCACUGAUGCCAACAACGACUGUUUAGGGACACCUUUAAAGUGUGCCUGCAAAAGUGGAUACACUGCUUAUAGCGGAAGCUGCGCUAUUACACAUGGAACCGCUGGUGGGGAAUGUUUAACAGGUUCAACCUGCACUGGCAACACUUUAGUAUGUGAGUCAAAUGUAUGCAAGGUGAAAGCUGGACAAACCUGCACUGCUACCACUCCAUGUGUUUCAUCGUCUACCUGCUCCACCACCUGCACGUGUGAUAACGGCUAUUCUGCAAGUUCGACUGGCACGUGUACUGCCAUCCCCCAAGGGAAAGUAAACGCAGCCUGCGACACAACAACAAAGAAAUGUACAGGAACUAACGAUGCCUGUACAGACGGGUUUUGCAAGUGUAAGGAUGGUUUUUCUGGCAACAAAGGCGACAAUGAUUGUAGUGGAUUUGCUCCCCAGUCAGUGUCCUCCUGGCUCCUCAUUGGCAGUAUCAUCAUGUGCUUGAUGACUUUGAGUCUGCCUUAACACAACCUUUGACCUUCCACUCAGACCUAAAACCCGGAAAUGGACUUUGCUCUAUCGACUUCUGAGACUGUAAUUUUUAUAUAUUUAAUUGUUGACAGACGAACAGAGAAAAUAGCAGGACAACCGAAAACUACAUGCCAAGAAUGCAAAACUUUUAAAAGAUGUUUUUAAUUGUAUUCAUAGGGAAGCGAAGGAAAAGAAACAUUUUAAAGUCUAGAGAGGUUGUAGUGGAGAAACCAAGAAAUUUGAAAGACGUUUACCAGCAUAAAUACAAAUAAAUAAGCAAAGCAAGGUUAAAAAACCAGUUAGACCUUAUUGUUUUCGAUCUGAUUUAAUCUGGUAAUAUAAAACAUUGUUAAUGUUAAAGUAAACAGUCAAAGGUUUUCCAUUUUUUAUUUUGCACAUAUUUUCUCCUUUUAUUAUCUUUGAUGUGUUAACUUAAAUCAGUAGAAUUACAAUAACAAGAACAAGAUUUAAGGUCGCAUGUGUUGAGCAAAAUAACAGAUUUGCUACCAAUUACUCGAGAAAGAAAAAAAUUCUUUUAUGGAGGCUCUAAGUGAGGGGCACUUUCUUCUCACAUUUUCUUCUUUUCUCCUCUCUCUCACCCUCUUCUUCUUUUUCUUUUUCUUCUUUGCUCCCCGCUCACUCUCUCUCUCUCUCUUCCUCUCUUGCAUCUUCACUGUAUGAACCAGAUCUUAUCAUCUGGUGAAAGUUAGGGGCCUCCAUUAAAAAGAAUUUACUUGUUACCUAUGGCUUGAUUUUAUAUUUCCGUAGAAACACUUUAACACAUUCAGUAGUUCACGUCUUCUUUUUUUAAUGUUGACUUCCAAUAGAUGAUAUUUUCAGUAUGAUGUCUGCACUCUAAACGUGUGUUUCUUUCUAUUGCUCUCAGUGAAUGCAAAAUCACA